AUGUCAGCUCCACCUCGUCUUAGUGCGAGAGCAUCAUUGCUCGAUAGGAAACCAGGUGGACCUUUGCCAACAUUAAAGACAUCAGGUGGCAUUACAAAGCCAUCGUCAUCAUCACCUCCGAUCAGUCACAGGACAUCAACAAGCUCACUCACACCACCACAACAAUAUAACACGCCAUCGACAUCAGGCGCUACAACACCAACUCUAAACAUUCAUUCGACUUCAUCGUCGUCAUAUGGCGGUGGCGGCUACAACAAGUCUGCACCACAGUCUGCACCGUCAACACCCUCACACUCACGACUCUCCAGUGGCAACCUUACAAACUACUUGAUACCAAAGAAUGCACAACUAUCACGUGUCUCUGGACAUUCGCGCAAGGCAUCGCGAGGAGGUAGUGGAGGCACGGCCGCGGCUGGUCCGCGAUGGGGCUCCAACGUGCUGUCCUACCAAGACUACGUCGACGAGGAGCUCUUCUAUUCAACACCCACUGAAGAGGACGACGAGGAGUUUGAACAGAUCAAGGCAUUGCUCAACUCAGAGUACUCGGUGACCACGCAUCAGAGUCUUGGCCAGCUCAAGGGAGGCAGUCUGGUCGUGCUGUCCUGGAAGAAUGACGCCGCGCAACAAGUGGAGGAGCAGCAACUCGAAGAUGAUAAGCGCGACUUGGCAUUCUUGAAGGAGACCUUGGCAAAGACUACAUCAUUGUCCAAUCAGAUGGUGUUCAUAUUGGAUCGAUUCAAUGAGGGACUGACGACAUUGGAGCAGGACGUGGCGCCCAUCAACGCAUCGAUGAAGGAGUGGUCAACAGUGUACAACAAUAUCAACCUGACAAUGGAGUCGAUGCGCACUAUACUCGAGCGCUUUGAUCUGUCAAAGGUGGCCCAGAAGAUCAGGGAGGGUGCAAAGGGCGACUACGCAUCGUACAUGGCCACGCUCGACCACGUGGUCCAGUCGAUCGACUUCUUUGAAGCCAACCCUCAGUUUAAGGCGGCAGAGAAGACGCUGUCCACACUGAAGGAGCUCAAGUCGACGGGUCUAUCCGAGCUCGAGAACAACUUCAAGUCACUGCUGCUCAAGAUCAGUAACAUUGUCGAUCCCACCACCAUCCCCGCGCUGCCCGCGGCCAAGCGCUACCUGGCCAUCGUCCCACCCAACUCGGUCGAGGAGAUAUCAAAGUCGAUCGAGCUGUUCCAGCGACUCAAGUAUCACAACUACCAGAAGGAGUACAAGGACAAGCGAUCAAAGUUCAUUCUAAUGUCGCUCAACAAGCUGGCGCCAGAGAAGUUCAUCAAGGUGACGACCGAGUCCAAGAACCUGGCCUACGUCAAGGGUUCGCAUCCCCUCAUUGGCUACACACACGAGACGCUGCGACUCUACCAGAUCGAGUCGGACCUGGCCAAGGAACUGUUUGGGGACCAGUACCACUCGUUCCUCGAGGAGAUCGUGCAUCCGUCGCAUGAGCUGCUGCUCGACACGACCGAGCCCAUCAUCAAGGCCAAGAAGACGGUCGACAAGGUGUUUGGAAUCUUCCCGCUGCUCGACCUCUUUGACACAUUCACCAAGCUGCUGCCCGAGUUUGCCGGCGCCCUGUCGCAGCGCGACGGCAAGCACAUCUCAGAUAUCAAAGAGAUCAUCAAGAACCUGGAGAACACGUGCUCGGCACUGCUGGACUUCUCGCUGGAGGAGGAGUUCCGUAAGGAGGAGAAGCUGGAUCAGUCGACAACAGUGGACCAGGUCACGUCCAACAUGCUCAACUACUUCAAGCGACUUAUCGAGUACAAGGGCUCGGUGGAGUUCCUUUUGACGCGCAGCAAGUCGUCGUUCAAGGACUUCACCGAGAAGACGCUGCGCACACUCAGCACCUACCUGCAGACCAAGAGCAAGAAGGACUUUACAGUGAUCUCGUCGACCAUUGAGUUGAACAACAAGGUUCCAUUCCGUGGCAUCAUAUUCUUGAUCAACAACUAUCAGUAUAUAGUCGAGUCGCUUGGUGCGCAGUCCAUACUCGAUGCUCAAUCAUACCUACUCAAAGAGAUGGAGACAGCAUGUGACAACGAGAUCAAGAUCUAUCGAGAGUUCUGGAUGGCCCUAUCAGAGCCAUUACGUCCAGGCAAAGAUGUUGAGACCAAGGCUAUUGUAAAGAGACAUACUAACUUCCUCAAGACAAUGACAGAGAUUAGUAAGAUGAAGUUUGAGAUACCUGACCAUGAACUAAGAACAAAGUUAUCAAACAUUGCCAAGGAUAGUGUAACAAAGACAUAUGAAAGAUUUAAAGAGAAAUGUAGACAAGACAAGACACAUUUGGAGAAGAACUUUGCUCCAUUCGAAUCGAACGAUGAUAUCAAUCGUAAGAUUGAUAAGAUGUUUGAGAGUCAGUAUUAG